AUGGCUCUCCAAGCAACCGAGAAAGUUUUGAGCAUCAACACCAUAGUUCAGCUGAAUGGUAGUAAUUACAAGAAGUGGAGGACUGACCUAGACCUUUAUUUGCUUGACCAAAGUGUGGACUGGUGCUUAACUGUGGCUGAACCUGUAGUAACCAAUGAUAGUACAGACCAAGAAAAGGAACUUCACAAAGAUUGGGCCAGGGCAAAUAGAAUCUGUAGAUUGACUAUUAUGAAAACUUUGUCUGACACAGUGAGGGGUGCCAUUCCUGAGAAAGCCUUAGCUUCAGAGUACCUUCAAAGCAUAGCUGAGAAGUUCACUACCAAUGACAAAAUAGAGGCUAGUAUGCUGCUAGACAAACUGACCAGCAUGAAGUUUAGCAUGAAUCAGAACAUGAGAGAGCACCUUAUGGAGAUGAUGAACAUUCAAGGUCAGCUAGCCAACCUUGACAUGAGAGUAGAUGAGGGGUUCUUUAUUCAGCUUGCCUUCAAAUCCCUGCCUGACCAACACUUUGAGAGUCUGAAAACCACCUACAACGCUCAGAAGGAUAAGUGGAACCUAAAUGAAUUAAUUGCAGUUUGUGUGCAAGAACAUGAGAGGAUUAAGAAAGGGAAAGAGGUGACUGUGAAUUUGGUUGCUAAACCUCAGUGGAAAAAGGGAAACCUCACCGAUCCAUAUUACAAAUUCCUUGCAGGGGUUCCAAAGCCAGAGGCAGCCAAGGCCAAAUGA